UUUUACCAAUAAAAGGAGAAGAAGGUCGAAACAAAGAUAUAUUGUUAACCUAUAUCGCUCUCUCCGCGUCAAUUCUCUUCUUCGACCCGAUAUUGUUUUCAAAGUAGUGAGAUUUUUGAUUAAGCUAGUUCUCUUCGUUCCUCGUACCUCGAGAGUGGAAUUUGUUUUGAAACCCUAAUUUCGAUGGGAACUCCGGAAUUUCCAGAUCUGGGGAAACACUGCGCCGUCAAUGUUUGCAAGCAGCUCGAUUUCUUGCCGUUGACAUGCGAUCGCUGCCUCCAGGUGCUUUGUCUGGAUCAUCGUAGCUAUAUGAAACACGAUUGUCCAAAAGGAAACAGAGGAGAUGUCACAGUGGUUAUUUGUCCGUUUUGUGCGACAGGAGUUCGGUUAAACCCCGACGAAGUUCCAAACAUAGCUUGGGAGGAACAUCUUAAUUCAGUUUGUGAUGAUCCCUCAAAUGUUAAGAAGAAGAAGAAGAAGAAGACGAAAUGUCCUGUUCCAAAGUGUGGAGCAGUCUUGACAUUCUCUUGUACCAUAAAAUGUCGGGACUGCAGCAUAGAUCAUUGCUUGAAACAUCGGUUUGGACCUGAUCAUUUUUGUCCUGGACCGAAGAAGCCUGAUUCGUUUUCGACGAGUGAAAGCACAAAAGUAGCUACAAGUGCUCCUGCAUCAUCAUCAUCGUCAUCUUCAAGAUCGUCUAGUCUUUUGGCUUCAGCGGAAGCACUUAUUAGAAAGAAAAGAUGGAAUCCGACCAGGGUACGUAGAGAUUCUAGAUUGAGUCGGACCAGGGUAGGUAGAGAUUCUGGAUUGGUACGCGUCCCUUGGAUGAUCAGGGAAGGAUUGGUUCUGACCAGGGAAGAAAGAGGAGAGAUUAGUCACGAAGAAGCAGCAGCAAAAUUUAAGGAUUUAGAGGAUGCGUAUCUCAAAGCUUACCACAACGCUCUACUGAAGCAGAAAGGAACGCUCAAUCAACCUGAAUCCUCUGGUGUCAAUCACUCGGCUACUACAUCCUCGGAUCUUCAGGUUGGUAUGAAGUCGAAACUUGAAGUGGAAAAUGAAGCAGAUGAUAAUGUUGACUCAGAAGAAUAAGCUCCUGUUUCAGCCAAAGGAAACAACAAGGUGGACAGGAAUGUGCAACCAUAAGAAGAACAAGACCUAUCAAUAAAUCUUAUUUUAUUCUAUUUUGUGAAGAUUUAAAUUUUUAUUUAAAAGCUAAUUAUGAAUUUAUUAAAUCUUGGGUGUUUAGAGUAAACCGUAACACAGCUCAAUUACUAUCUUGUUUGGUAUUGUAAUUGCGGGUUGGUAUUAAAACCCAAGUGUACAUAUUUACUAAUCUUAUCGUUGUUGUUUAUUUUGUUCGA